UCAUAGCGGCGUGUGUGCGCGUGGUGGCGUGGUCGCGUGCAGUGCAUGCUCGUAGUGGACUUGAAUCUGUGCACGUGGGUUCAAUAAGGUGGCAUCGUGAUGACUGCUAAGCGAUCAACUCCGAAAGCCUCUAUCAAGCCUCAUUCACAGGAAGCCGACAAACGCCAAGAAACGGGCUUGAAAACCCCCCAGGAACAUGAAAGUGAUGACUCUGAUUCAAGUGUGUACUCGGACUUGGGCAGCGAUGAGGAUGAUUCUUCGGAGCUAGAAGAGAGUGCUGAUGAAGGUGACGUCAGCAGUGAAGACGAGAGUGAUGAAGGUUGCAAAAGUGAUGAUGAACAGGGAGACGAAUUUACUGAGGAGCCAGAUAAUGCUCAGCAGCAAACAGAUGAUGAAUCGGAGGAUGAGGAAACUACCAAGAUGAAGUUUCAUGGUGGUAAAGAAGGAGACUUUGUCUUUCGUAAGAAGACUAGAGGUGAUGGGCCAAAAGCUUCUCAUGGCAAGCGGCCGGCUGCAGUGGCCAAGCAAGAAGAUGUAAAAAUUGACAGCCUGGGUGCUGAAGUGGCCAAGGCAGAUGAAUAUGCGUUUGAUUCAUCAGACGAAGAGGAUGUACGCAAUACAGUGGGAAACAUACCCAUGGAAUGGUAUGAGCAUUAUCCGCACAUUGGUUAUGAUUUGGAUGGCAAGCCUAUCCUCAAGCCACCCCGGGGCAACGAGCUUGAUGAAUUUCUGCGGAGGAUGGAUGAUCCAGAUUAUUGGCGAACAGUGAAAGACAAAAGCACAGGCCAGAACGUUGUAUUGUCUGAUGAAGAUGUUGACCUUAUUCAACGGCUUCAACAGGGACGCUACCCCAGUGGUAGCUAUAACCCUUAUGAGCCAUUUGAGGACAUCUUCUCUCAUGAGACUAUGAUCCAUCCUGUCACUAGCCACCCUCCUCAGAAGCGAAGUUUUGUACCUUCGAGGAUAGAAAAGCAAAUGGUUUCCAGGAUGGUGCAUGCUAUAAAGAUGGGCUGGAUCAAGCCACGAGUCAAGCGGCAUGAUGCUGACAGGUUCUCUCUACUUUGGGACAAGGAUGAUGAGGAGAAACCAAACGACCGAAUGCAGCGAUACAUUCCAGCACCGAAGAUGAAGCUUCCAGGCCAUGAAGAAUCAUACAAUCCACCUGCUGAAUACUUAUUCACAAAGGAAGAGGAGGAGAAGUGGCUGGAGCAAGAGCCUGAGGAGCGGCGCAUCAAUUUCAUACCUCAUAAAUAUCCAUCCUUGCGUCUAGUGCCUGCCUAUGAUCGCUUCAUCAAUGAGCGUUUUGAACGGUGUCUCGACCUGUACCUGUGUCCACGGCAGCGAAAGAUGAGGGUGAACGUUGAUGCAGAAGAUCUUAUACCACAGCUCCCGAAGCCAAAGGACCUGCAGCCUUUCCCUAGUGUGCAGUCUAUUGUGUACGAGGGGCACACAGGCAGCGUUCGAAGUCUAUCAAUAGAACCUGUGGGACAGUUCUUUGCAUCAGGUAGUGACGAUGGCACAGUCCGUAUUUGGGAAGUCCUCACUGGCCGUUGCAUGAAGACUUUCAAGUUUGAACAUGCUGUCAAAGGAGUUGCUUGGUGUCCCAAUCAAAGCAUUUGUCUAGUAGCUGUUGCUGUGGAAAAUACUGUACAUAUCAUCAAUCCUGGUGUUGGAGAUAAAUUAGUGCUAAACAAUACCGACACUGUUCUUUCAUCACUACCUGAAGAGGCCAUUCCCUCGGAAGGUGGCAAGUUCACUGCUGCAACCUGGGAACCAGUGUUACCAACAGCAAAAGAGUUCAGUAGCCAAGGACUACGACUCAGUGUAGUGCACCGACACACAGUGUCGCAAGUAACGUGGCAUGCCAAGGGAGACUACUUUGCUGUUGUGCUUACUGGCGGCAGUGGGGGUGAGAGUGGUGUUGUGAUCCACCAGUUGUCCCAUAGGAGGUCGCAAGCACCUUUUUCCAAGUUGAAGGGAACUGUCUCGAGGGUACUGUUUCACCCUGUACGACCCUACUUUUUUGUGGCCAUGCAACGCUUUGUGCGUGUGUACAACUUGCUCAAGCAGGAGCUGUCCAAAAAGCUCAUAUCCAACUGCAAGUGGAUCUCGAGUAUUGCUGUCCACCCCAAAGGUGACAAUGUCAUCACAGGCAGCUUUGAAAACAGGUUGACUUGGUUUGACAUGGACCUUUCAGUGAAACCAUACAAAACACUACGGCACCACAAGGGAGCAAUACGACAGGUUGCAUUUCAUCGAAGGUAUCCACUCUUCGCCUCGGCAUCAGAUGAUGGCACUGUAAUCAUUAGCCAUGGCAUGGUCUACAGUGAUCUCAUGCAGAAUCCUUUGAUUGUGCCUGUCAAGAUCCUUCGUGGUCACUCAACUCAGAAGGGCAUGGGUGUUCUCGAUUGUGCUUUCCACCCACAUCAGCCAUGGGUCCUCACUGCCGGAGCAGAUGGGACAUUGCGCCUGUUCACAUGAUAGCCAUUGAUGCAUUUCUUUGCAAAUAAUAAAAUGGUUGUAUAUAGCAGGAA